UCCAUCCUCUCUUCCUCUUCCUCUUCUCCGUCGACCAUCCACUGGUUCCGGCCACUGCUAGCUCCGACGGAGUCUACAUAGAUACGUGCAUGAUGGCGGCAUCGCGCACCAUGUGGGUGAACGGCCCCAUCAUCGUGGGCGCGGGCCCGGCGGGCAUCGCGGCGGCGGCGUGCCUGCACACGCGCGGGGUCCCCUCCGUCGUGCUCGACCGCGACGACUGCCUCGCCUCGCUCUGGCAGCGCCGCACCUACGACCGCCUCCGCCUCCACCUGCCCAAGCACUUCUGCCAGCUCCCGGGGAUGCCCUUCCCCGACCACUACCCGGAGUACCCCAGCAAGCACCAGUUCGUCGCCUACCUCGAGUCCUACGCCGCCGCCUUCCACGUCCGCCCCCGCUUCCGCCAGUCCGUCGUCUGCGCCCGCUUCGACAGCGCCGCCGGCCUCUGGCGGGUCCAGGCCUCCGACGACGACACCGGGGUCGUCACGGAGUACAUCGGGCGGUGGCUGGUGGUGGCCACGGGCGAGAACGCGGAGCGCGUCAUCCCGGACCUGGACGGCGCCGACGCCUUCAAGGGCCCCGUGUCCCACGUGUCCGAGUACAAGUCCGGCGAGCCGUACAGGGGGAAGCGCGUGCUGGUGGUCGGCUGCGGCAACUCGGGCAUGGAGGUGUGCCUGGACCUGUGCGACCAUGGCGCGCGGCCGUCCAUGGUGGUGCGCGACGGCGUGCACGUGCUCCCGCGCGAGAUGCUCGGCGUCGCCACCUUCUCCGUGGCCGUCUUCCUGCUCCGCUUCCUGCCGCUCCGGCUGGUGGACCGCCUGCUGGUGCUCCUCGCGGGGCUCUUCCUCGGCGGAGACCUCGCGAGGCUCGGCCUGCGGAGGCCGUCCCACGGGGGCCCGCUGGAGCUGAAGAACAGCAAGGGGCGGACGCCGGUGCUGGACAUCGGCGCGCUGGAGAAGAUCCGGGCCGGGGAGAUCAAGAUCGUGCCCGGGGUGAGAAGGAUGGAGGCCGGCGGCGCGGAGCUGGUGGACGGGCGGUUCGUGGCGGCCGACGCCGUGAUCCUGGCCACCGGCUACCACAGCAACGUCCCACAGUGGCUCAAGGGAAGCGACUUCUUCAGUGGGGAGGGGUACCCCAAGGUGGAGUUCCCGGAGGGGUGGAAGGGCGAGUCGGGGCUAUACUCUGUCGGCUUCACGCGCCGGGGCCUCGCUGGGCUCUCCCUCGACGCUGUCAGGGUCGCCAGCGACAUCGCAGCCGAGUACCACACCACGUCGCCGUCGACGCGGUCGUCGUCGUCCUCUAUGGUGCCGCAACCAACACAGCUGGUGCCCUGCUCACAAGCAGAGACAUGAUCAUCCUGAAUCCUGAACCAACAACAAGGCAAUACGGAAGGCCAGAGCAUGGAUCUGAAGCCGGACGCACGCAUGCUUCACUGCUUCAGACAGACAUCCCCACCCCACCCCACUGGAAGGAAACAAAGGGGGGGUGUCGCUGUCGCUGAAUGGUUCGAGAGGCCAUCCAUAGCCGGCCGGAGUGCCAUAGAUAGAUAGAUGAAGCACCGGAUCGAUCGACAACUUAUUAACAGUAAGAAAGAAAGACAGAGCCCAAAUUUUGGCGUGUUGAUGGGCCCUGCAUCUGCAGGAAGGCAGGAUCAUCUUCUCCCUCUCACUCUCUAAUUAAUGUAAAUGUACAGCUGAGCUAGCCUAGCCUCUUUUGGUUGUAAUAAAUCGGUGACUGUGCUGUGCAUAUAAAUCUGCUGGAUGCUGCUGACCUGCACCUUGUUCAAUUCACAAUGAGAGUGACCUAGCU